CGCUGAAUAUGAAGUGAAAAUUUGGGUGGGAGCGUCAGUGCAUUGUUGUCAUCUGGAAGCGGCGAAGAAUAUUUUUAGAACAACUUUAAAUUGUAACAGAAAGAUUUGAUCAAAAUGUUGUCAACAACAGUAGCACACAAAGAAAACGACAUCGCAUUCAGCUUGAACAAAAUGAAAGUGUCUGAAGAAAACCAGACGCAACGCAAGGUCUUCGGUGAAAUAACGAAUGUACAGAGGGGUAACGAAGCUAUGACACCUAAGAAAACUGAGACAAAAAAAGCAAUCCAGAACAACCAAGAUGAACCGCUGUUGAGGGAUAAUCCACGUCGCUUUGUUAUCCUGCCCCUGCAAUACCACGACAUCUGGCAGAUGUACAAGAAAGCAGAAGCCUCAUUCUGGACAGCAGAAGAGGUGGACCUGUCAAAGGACCUUGCCCACUGGGACGCUUUGAAGGAGGAUGAGCGACACUUCAUUUCACAUGUGCUGGCCUUCUUUGCUGCUAGUGAUGGCAUCGUCAAUGAAAAUUUGGUUGAGCGAUUUAGCAAGGAAGUCCAGGUAACUGAGGCAAGAUGUUUCUAUGGAUUCCAGAUCGCCAUGGAGAACAUCCACUCUGAAAUGUACAGUCUCCUCAUAGACACCUACAUUAAGGACCCAGCUAAGAGGGAUUUCCUGUUCAAUGCUAUUGAGACCAUGCCAUGUGUGAGGGAGAAGGCAGACUGGGCCAUGCGUUGGAUCAGUGAUGAGAAUUCAAGCUACGGGGAGAGAGUGGUUGCGUUUGCAGCCGUCGAGGGCAUUUUCUUCUCCGGAUCAUUCGCGUCCAUAUUCUGGCUGAAGAAGAGAGGAGUAAUGCCUGGUUUGACUUUCAGCAAUGAACUGAUUUCCAGAGACGAGGGACUGCACUGCGAUUUCGCCUGCCUCAUGUUCAACCAUCUUGUGAACAAGCCCAGUCAGGAGAGGGUUCAUCAGAUCAUCCGAGAGGCAGUGGUGAUUGAACAGAAGUUCCUCACUGACGCUCUACCAGUGCGGCUCAUUGGCAUGAACUGCGACCUGAUGAAGCAGUACAUCGAGUUUGUGGCCGACCGGUUGUUGGUGGAGCUCAAGUGCAGCAAGAUCUACAACAAGGAGAACCCAUUCGACUUCAUGGAACUUAUCUCCCUGGAGGGAAAGACCAACUUCUUUGAGAAACGAGUUGGAGAAUACCAGAAGAUGGGAAUCAUGUCUGGAACUACAGAGACAAGCAACCACCAGUUCACUCUAGACGCAGACUUCUAGACGACGCAGACUUCUAGACGACGGAGUUAUUCCAAUGACAUAAUUAUAUCCCCGUGAUGAGUGACGUACUAAGACAGUCCCGAGUUACAGCCCCGUGCGACCAACAGUUGGACAAAGGAUUACAGUGGAAAUGGAUGUUCAUGACUUCAAUGAUCUCAACAAUUGACCUGUUCUUUCCAGCAGUAGUGUGUUCUUAGUGCCUACAUGUUUCCAGUGCAAUAAUAGCAAAUUGUUUUUAAUAUUUCUCGAGAUACCAGUUUGCCAUUUAAAAUCGUGACUGUAUAAAGUUCUUAAUAGGAUCUUAAGUUUUAGACCUUAUAAACGAUAUAAUUUAUUUUAAUAGCUUUUAAUACUUGUGUAAAAAAAUAAUCAUCGAAAAGAAGUGAUUUUACUACAAAUUAGAUUUGUUUUAUGCGGGUACACGUUCCUAUCUAUUUAUUCAUGUGUGUGUUUUAUUAGUUUUAAUAUGCAUGUCCAAAUGUAUUAAUGCUUUGAUUAUAUAGAUAUAUUAAAUAUGUACGAAUAAGAA